AUGUCUCUCAAAGCAACUCUCGAAGAAACCGCUGCUGGCUGGAUCUCAGAUCUAGAAAGUCGUUCGCUAGAUAAUGUCGUAUCGAGGUGGACUGAUGACAUUCACUACUCUCUCCACCCAGACGUCGAGGGUGUUUUCCCAAUGAAUAGGGAACAAUUUCGAACAUACGAACGGGCAGCUAGCUUCUUCAAGCUGUUAAAAACGUUCAAGAUCACCAUCAACGAGAUGUUCACAGAUGAAGGGAAAAGGACCGUGAAGAUGCUUUGCAGUAGCAAGGGUGAAUUAGAAGCUGGUCCAUAUGGCACUGACUAUGUCUUCGUGCUUACUAUGACCGAGGAUGGAAAAAGGAUCAAGAAGUUGUCGGAGUGGCCGGAUUUUCACAAAGUGCAGAUGGUACUCAGCAAGACCCUUGAGUAG